CUUGAUCGGUUUUGGAGCACGAAUCGAGCCUGGCAUGUAAGCGUGUCUUUGCGUUUUAAAAGGCGUUCGAAUACAUUCGUUGGUGUAUGAGAAACUCAAAACUUUGUAAUCUCAAGAUAUGUUUAUUUUUGCAAGUCUAGCACAUGCGUACCAAGAACUGAUAUCGCAGGAAGCGGAGCUCGUAUUCUUCUUGCGCGUUGGUCAGUCUUCCCGGAUCUACGCGUUUGCGCUGUGCGAGGUGAGCACCAGUUCUCCCAGCUGUGGAUAUAGCGAUACGCGAGCAGUGGAAUUGUUUGAAACAUUCGCACGAUGAAACACAAGAAAAUGAAAAAGGAAAAGAAGAAAGCUAAUUCUGAACCCGUGAACAAUUCUAAAAAGAAGGAAGAACCAAAAGAGCGUCCCGGUGAAUUCUUAACUAACAAUAAGAGGGGGUCAAAUUCUGCUGGCGUACAGAAAGAUGAAAUUCUGAAGAAUGAAAAUGAAAGAGGCUGUUCUGACUCACGGAAUAAUAUUGUUUAUCCUGAUCUUGGCAAUGGCAAGGAACCAAACGGAAACGAUGUUUCAGAUGAGAAAAUGUCUUCUGGAGAUAAGGGUGAAGAUAAUAAGGACGUUUGUCGUACAAUGCAUCGUUCAUUUGAGAAUGUUGGAGAUGAUUUCGUGAUGAUCCAAAAUAAAGAGGAAAUUAAUUCCGAUAACGUUCAGACUAAGUCGGGCCAUAAGCAGAGACUUCAGCCAGGUCUUUCUCGUGAAACUCGUAGUCGAAAAAUACAAUCUUCGGGUUCAACAGUACAACAAGGAAGUCAGGAACCAUUGUCUUCUGCAACUGAUCACUCUGGUGGAGAAUCCUUCUGUCAUAACAAUCCAAAUCCGAGCACCUCGAAGACCGAUAGAUCUUCUAUAUGUUGUGAAAAUGAUUCUGAUCUGGAAUCUAUUCCGACUGUGUCAUAUUUUAAGCAGCGAGCUUGGAUAGGUAGACAAUCUGGAGUCAAGUUAUCUGGGAAUAAUCAAAGCAGUUUUGAUGAAAACAGGGGUACAAAAAGAUCAUUUGAUACAGAUGGCUAUGUGGAUGGAAUGUGGCAGGGCAAUCGAUUGAUAAAACUAGAUUCAUGUGAAUUUACUCAUCCAUAUGAAAAUAGAAAAGUUUAUAUCAGGAAGCAAAGCCCAGGUUACUUAUUUACUUUCGAUGAGGACGAUUUUAUUGCAAGAGUGUGCUUCGACAAGCUCGAAAGAUUGGAUUUUAGCGGACAUCCUGUAGACAUCAAGCGAGAUUUUCUUAGAAAGCUUAUAAUCACCGAAUUGAUUCGAGACAAAUUAUCAGAUGACAGCGGUGCUAUUUAUAAUCACUUUAUAGAACUGUUGCAAGAUAGGAGUAGUAAAACUGCAGACAAUCUUGAUUGGGCAGAAGAUAUUUUUCAGGUUUCUUUAAUAUUAGAAAAGUACGGACUUUCCUAUAAUAAUGCGUCGAUAUUAGAAAAUAUAAUUGGAAAUGACAAAAUUUCUUCUGAAAUGAUAAAUCGUAGUAAACAAUUGCGUCAUACAGAAAGAAUUACGGAUAGGAGGAGGCAAAAUUUUCCUCAAGUAGGUCAAUUCGAUAAAAAAAAUUUAUUAGAAGAAUUGCGACGAAUCUGUAAAGGUGGAGUAAAUAAUCAUAGAAAUGCUAUUUCUGGAAUAGCACCAUUUAUCUUGGAGAAUCAUAUAAAUGUUUUGGAUGAUAAGUUGAUACCUUAUAUUACCAAAAAAGAUAUGGGGCUUUUUGCAGAUCUUGCUGACAUGAUGAGUGAGGAACCUUAUAUAGAUUUUUUAAACAAUUUGUGGGAUGUAUACUUUCAAAAGAUAAAAAAGAUAAGGGAACAUGCACAAGUAUCUUCACUGAGAGAUUUUGCGCCUUUAACCCAUCCAAUUUAUUUUUAUCUCUGCAAGAGCUUUCGAGAGCUGGUUGAGGAAAUUGGUAGAAAAACAGAUUUGUCUGCCAACGAUUUGCUAAAAAAUAAAAAUACAGAAUGGAGUUUGCCAGAAAUUAUCAAUUGGUCAACAACUUCCCAUCUAACUCAAUCUCUUGAACAACAAUAUCGCUUCAUUUUUAAGAUGAUGGAGCAUUUUAGACCUGGUUGUUAUUCUGACAGGAAGAAAUUCGAUAAGACGGCUUGGCAACGAACGAAGGACUUGUUUAGUAGUAUUUUCAGCAGUAAAGAGUCAUCAGCUACACCUCAGGAGCGCUUAGUAUGGAUUCGUAUUUUUGAGAAUACUAUUGACAAGAUAGUUUCUAAAGAAGAAUUAAAAUUAUUUGAACCGCUUUUAAAGGGUUACACAGAUUUCAUUGUAAAAACAGAACAUGAUCAGUACGAGUCAUUUAGGAUAGUAAUGCACAGUACUGUAAGGUUUAUCGCACAAACGUGUCCCUAUUUCUCAAAGAAUAUUUCAGAAAUUGAUCGACAUACUUUAACAAAACAAAUAGAAUUUAUUAACAAGACAAUCUCAGAUAAACAAUUUAACGAUUUUAGAGAUUUAAUAGAUGCAUAUAAUGAAUAUUGGAAGAAUAGAGAGACAAUUAUAGAAAAAAUUCCUGAUAAAUUCCCUUACGGAGAAUUCAAAAAAGACAUGGAAAGUAUACGUCAGAAAUUACACAAUAUCGUAAAUACUGCACUUGUCAUAGCAGCAGAACCACAAGGAUUAAUUAAAUAUUUUAGAUCAUUCAAUGAGUUUGUAGAAGAUUUAAGUGCUGUAGAAUAUAGUUGGUUUGUUAAUGACAUUAGUAACGUAACCCAGGAUGAAGUCACGUUAAUUAACGAAAAAAAAAAAUCAUAUAAGAUUUUAGAUCCUGAACAAUUUAUCAAAAACCAUUCGAAUAUCCCUCGUCAUUACGUAAUUGAAAUAAUUCAAGAUCUAUUAAAUAGUGUAAUUGAUUUACUUGAUCAAAGGAAAUGGUCUAAUCAUGAUAAUUUAAAUGCAGCAAGUGUAUUAAUUUCUGCAAUAAAGAAGUCUUUUUGUUAUCUGAAGGAUCAACCUACUUACGUAUCUUUUGAUACAUUCAAAGAUGAGAGUAUAGUGCCAUUUUCUUCUGUAAUAGAGAAUAGUAGUUCUUACGCGGAUUUUGAAAAGCGCGUUGAUAUCAUAGGGGAAUCUUUUUGGUACUUAAGAAAACAAGAUGAGAUCGAUAUAGAAAAAGCUUUAGAUCUAUAUAAACAAUCAAACGGUAAUAGUACACUAACAACAGAAACAAUACUAAGAGAUUGCUAUAAAAGAUAUUUGAACAAAUUUGAUUCUUAUAUAAAAAAUACUUCCAACGAAAAUGAUCAAGAUAAGAUUAAAUUGAUUACUCAAGAUCUCAACGGUCAGUUUAUAAAAACUAAUAUUAGUAAAUGGGAGAAAAAGUUCAAAAACGAAACUCUACCGGAUCUUCUUGCGGGGCUAGCUGCUGUGUGGUCUGUGCAGGCAUCGAAAGAUAUUGCAGCUACAGGAAAAAGCUUAAAGCCACAUUGUAUUCAAAUAUUGUGCAUUUUGAGGUUAUUAAGUAUUGACAAAGAUUCGAAUGGCGUUGAUAAGCAUCUCGCGCAGGUCUUAACGGGACAAGGAAAAUCGCUUGUGUUAGGUCUACUUUCGGCGCUAUUGACAUUGAUGGGCCAUAGAGUCCGUACUGUUUGUUAUAGUGAAUACCUAGCAACUCGAGAUCGACAAGAUUUUGGUGACUUUUUUGAAACGUUCCAUAUUUACGACAAAGUAGCUUAUGGUACAUUUGAAGAAAUGGCUAAUGAAACACUCCAGCCUGAAAUAAAUGGUAAGAAACAAAGCUUAAGAGAAUUAAUUAUAGAUCGUGUUCUUAAUCACAGUACGAAGCAAUCCGGACAUGUGAAGCAAAACGAUAUCAGCAAUACUAUCUUAUUAAUAGACGAAGUUGAUGUUUUUUUUUCUGAUCAGUUCUAUGGGAAUACUUAUUCUGCUGCUUGUAGGAUAAAUAUUCCAGCAUUAGUUAGCAUCCAGGAAAAAAUAUGGGAAUCAGUUAGUAAAAAUGAUGAGAUAAGUACUGUUUUGACAGAGGUAGAAGAGUUUAUUCAAAAAAAGAAAGAAGAAAGGGCUGAUGAUAUUAAAGAAUUCAUAAAAUUUCUGUAUAAGCCUAGCAAAUACUAUAUCUUGAUAGAACAUGAAGGCAAGAUUCUUAAAAAAGAUUAUACCAAUCGAUCUCUUUACGAAGAGCAUCUUAAGAAAAUGAUUGAAAAUGCAAGAAAUGUUGCAAGGGGAAAUGAUGAAAAUUGGUACAUUUCUGAUUACAAAAUUAAUGAUGAUGGGUAUAUAUGCUGUAGACGGAAUGAUGGUUUGUACAGUGCUUACACUAUAAGUAGCUAUUACAAUGUAUUUAAUUACUUUAGGUUAAAGAAAAGAGAUUAUGAUUAUAAAAAUUAUAGAAAUUAUGGUUACUUAGUAUUAGAUUCCGGUGCAAUUGCUUAUGCAAAAUUACCUGAGAAAUAUCCUCUUAUCUUAGGAGUGAGCGGUACUUUAACUACCCUAAACGAUCAUGAAAAAAAAGCGAUUAGAGAAUCUUAUAAAAUCGAUAGAAAUUCUAUAAUGCCAUCCUAUUUUGGUCACUCUAAUUUGAAAUUCGAUAAAAACAAUGAUUUUGUAUGUUACGAUUCAAAGGAAAAUUGGUUGAGCAAGAUUUUUAGUCAUGCAAAUUCUAAAAUUGGCUCAGGACGAUCGGUUUUAAUAUUUUUCGAUACAGACAAAGAAAUAGAUAACUUCGAAAACAGAUUCCUUGGUAAAUUUGAUCGUUUGUACAUAUUAACCGAGAAUACGGAACAAAGGAGCAAGAAGAAGUACAUUGAUGAAGCAGGUAUUAAAAAGACGUUAACACUGGCAACGAGAGGUAUGGGUCGUGGUGUGGAUUUUAAGUCUAGUGUUGCUGUGGAAAGGAAUGGUGGAGUGCAUGUUAUACAGACGUUCUUUUCGCUUGAUAUAAAAGAAGAGACGCAGAUUAAAGGAAGAACUGCGCGUAAGGACAAUAAGGGUAGUUAUGAGUUGAUACUCUGUACGGAACAUUUGAUACGUGAUGGAUUUGCCAAAAAAGAAGAAGUAAGUGCUACUGUGGAUUAUCAAAGCUUAAAUAGAGCCAGGGAGGUUAUGGUAAAGGAGAAAGGCUCAAAUAAUGAAACGAGGAUUAAGAAAUCAGAAGAUAAUCACAAGACCACUAUGGACUUUUUUGGGUCAUUUUUUGGUGGGGAUUUCGACUAACGUAGAAUAGCCAUAUGUAAAGCCAGUAAUAAAUAUACAACCAAAUACGUAAUUUCUAAGAGUUUAUACACGUAUGUUUAAGACCAACGUUGCAGACCACCAGAUUGGUGGAUGUCAUAAAAUCAACUUUCGUUUAUUGUUGAGCAAGCGUUUAAAGCUUUAAAUUCUUAGAGAACUUAGGCAGGAAGAACUGUAUUAGAAUAUAUGUGAUUCUAAAAGUUGCCGGGGUGAUUUCCGAUGUAAAUGUGUGCAGAACGUUGACGGAUCGAAAGGAACAGCGAGUAUUGUAAAAAUAAUGCAUGGGUAAUUGCAAAAUCAUCAAAUAGACGAGUACUAAAGGGGGAAAAUUACAUUUCUUUAUAAUAUUUCAUUUUUUACUUUUGUUAUUGUCACUAUUAAUCAAAUAAAGUUUAUUUACGUUUAA